AUGAAUAUGAACGAUAGUUUCUUUGACAACAUCUUAGUUGUGAGUUAGAAUGUGAACACCAGCAAUAAACCUUAAACAAUUUGUAAAUCAUUGGAACGUACAUUUGCUGUGUGUAGUUAACCAAUUAAGUAUGUAAGCUUUUGAUGUUAUAAAAUUUACAGGAAAACUCCCCAGCAUCAUCAUACCCUACAACAAGAGGAUACCAAAAGUUAAAGGCAUUCAACUCAACAAUUGGAUUAUUAUUUAAAACAACAAAAUAAAACAGCUACACUAAAUAAUCAGUCCAAAAGUUAUCGUAGUAUCAAAUAAUCAGACUCCAAUCAUCAAACUUAGAUACCUUAAAGUAAAUUUACUCCAUUAUUCAUUACAGAAUCUUAUCUCAAACAAUAAAUGAGGUUGAAAAUUAAUUUAGAAAAUGAAGCCUUUCAAUCAAACUUAAGACACAAGACCCAGUCUUCUCACAACACAACCAAUCCAUAUUAAGGAUCCAUAGUCAAUCUCAUGAAGUAGCAAGUAAUUCACAACAUUAACACUGUAGAUGCAAAAAUAAUAGUAAAGCUUCUUGAACAUCUGUAAAACCAUGAACGAGGAUUCCAAAUCCAGGAUAUCUUCUACACAUAGAUAAUCCUUAAUCCCAUCCAAGUUAACUCAACGAUAGGAUUCUUAAAAUAUUCGAAAAAGCAAUUCUGUCUAUAUGCAGGAAUUCAGAAAGGUGUUUAGUAAAACAAAAUAUAGUAUACACAAUAAAGUUUGA